GGUGCAUCGCGCACAUCUUGCGCGGCGCGAAAUUCUGGCGAGUACGGAUUUUAUGGUUUCGCGGGCCAGAAAAAUAUGUAAUAGUUUGAUGCAAAGUGACAGUGACGAUAAGAGAGGGAUAUAGAUCGACGUGAUAGACCGACGACCCGGUGAAGAUGUGAUCGGAUCCCAGCGUCGACCUUGGCGGGACGAUGGGUCCUGACGCGAUUAUGUUCUGCAUCCGCAAGGGAUAAGUGAUUCGGAUAAUCAUGGGACGCGCAAGAAGAGAACAGCAGGAUCGAUUAGCGGAUUGACUUAGCCGCACCGUUAUGGCGAGGUGGCGAUGGGCGCUGCUGAUCCUAGCGAGCGUCUGGACGCUGAGCGACGGCUACCUGGCGGUGCUGCCGUCCAGCACGCCUGCCGGCACCGUCGUCUUCGAGGCUGGGGUGCCACAACUGGGUGGGCGUCGCAAGUACGAGGCGUCCAGCGAGCGCACCGCGUGGUUCGCGCGGAAACUCCUCAAGGUUCAUCCGCACACAGGACGCGUGACUCUGGCGAGGGCGUUGAGCUGUGAUGGGCUUCAGUAUCCGCGAAUCUUCACCUUCUACGUCGACUCGACGAGCUCCCGCCUCGGUAGACCCACCAUCGACUACUACAGUCUACCGCUAAGAAUCUUGAUCACCGGAUGCGGCGGAGAGGGUCGCGACCUGGCAGCUACGAGGGGCUGGAUGGCGGAAACUCUGGCUUCAUAUGCGAUGCCCAGUACCGACAGGUUCACUGAAGUAUGUCUUCGAACAUCUCAGUUGGUGGCAGCCCUUCGCGAUUUUUUGCCGCAAACAGCCUUAAAAGAGUGCGAGACUAGAUGGGGCGGGGUGGCGGAUCCCAGGUUUCUCGUGGAGGGUGCCGCCGGAGAUCUGGUCUCCGCCAGUGAGCAGUGUCUGGUAGACCCGCUGUGGAAGGUCUCGGUCAGCAUGAAUUUGCGUUGUGCUGGUGACUCGCGUCUGACCGAUGCUGAACACCGGUUGAAGAUCGUGUUCCACCAUCGUCAGUUGGAUGACACCGAUUUGGGUCGUCGAGUAAGACGAGAGCUAAAGAACCAGUCGCCAUAUUUUGAGCAACCACUCUACGUCGCCGCGGUGGAAGAAGAGAAAGAACCAGGAGUAUACGUGACCUCGGUGAGAGCCAGGGACCCUGAAAACGGCGCUGUACGAUAUUCGAUGAGCUCGCUGAUCGACGCAAGGUCGCAGGCGCUGUUGGCCCUUGACCCGGUCACUGGAAGAGUGACCACCCGUGCGAGAUUGGAUAGGGAGAACGUUGACGUGCACUACUUUCGGGUGCUGGCAGUAGACGACUCAUUUCCUCCGCGUACUGGUACAACAACUCUUCAAGUUAACGUGCUAGAUGCGAAUGAUCACGCACCCAGCUUCGAGUGGCCAGAAUACGACGCGUCAGUGCGCGAGGGUGUCCCCGUGGGCUCUACGGUGAUCACGGUUAAGGCAACAGAUCAAGACACCGGUAGGAACGCCGAAGUAGAAUACUCCAUCGUAUCUACCACGGCGGGUGGCGGUACCAUGCCAACAGAGGACGCGGCGAUCUUCAGGAUCGACCCCAGAUCCGGCGUAGUAACCACGCGAACGGCGCUGGACCGCGAACAAACUGAGGUGUACACAGUGAUACUGAGUGUGACGGACCAGGCGACGCCGCCAUCGGCACGACGGAGUGCUAAUGCGACCUUGGUAGUGCGCGUUCUGGAUGACAACGACAAUUAUCCACAGUUCACUGAGCGUACAUACUCGGCGGCGGUGCCGGAGGACCUGGACUACACGACGAAUCCAGUAGUGGCGCGCAUCCGGGCGGCGGAUGCGGAUGCGGGUGCAAACGCAGCUGUACGCUAUGCCAUCAUCGGCGGCAACACGCAGAACACGUUCUCGAUCGAUUCGAUGAGCGGCGACGUCGUCCUGGUGAAGCCACUUGAUUAUGAAUCCACCAGAAGCUACAAGAUUGUCGUGCGCGCCCAGGACGGCGGCUCACCCGCGCGCUCCAACACUACCCAGCUAUUAGUGAUGGUCCGGGAUGUGAACGACAAUGCUCCCAGAUUUUACACCAGCCACUUUCAGGAAUCGGUAUCGGAAAACGUGCCGUUGGGAUACUCGGUGUUGCGAGUGCAGGCAUACGAUGCCGAUGAGGGUAACAAUGCGCUCAUCCGGUAUACCAUAGGCGCCCGCGAUUUCAGCGGCGCCUCCACGGAGAACUUUCCCAUUACCGUGAACACGGAGACUGGUUGGAUCUACACGACGAAGCAGCUGGACCGCGAAUUGUGUUCCAGAUAUCAAUUCACCGUAAUCGCGGCGGACUCCGGCGAAGAAUCAAAAUCCGCAAGUGCAACGGUGAUCCUCAUGGUGACCGACGUGAACGAUAACGAUCCGUACUUCGAGCCAAAGAAUUACGAAGCCGUAGUAUCUGAAGACGAUCCUCCUGGCACGCCAGUCGCUUCAGUGACCGCCACUGAUCCCGACGAAGACGCCAGGAUCCACUAUGAGAUCACGGGCGGCAACACACGUGGACGCUUUUCGAUCGCGUCGCAAAACGGUCAUGGACUCAUCACCGUCGCCCAGCCGCUCGAUUACAAACAGGAAAAGCGAUUUGUGUUGACGGUUACGGCGUCGGACAGCGGUGGUCGCACUGAUACAGCCCUCGUCUACGUCAACGUGUCGGAUGCCAACAAUUUUUCGCCCGUGUUUGAGAACGCGCCGUACUCGGUCUCGGUGUUCGAGGACGCGCCGGUUGGCGUGACCGUGCUGGUGGUGAGCGCGACCGAUUCCGACGUCGGCAAGAACGCCCAGAUUACUUAUAGCCUGGCGACCGAUAAUGGCGAAGAGGCAAUCACCGAGUUCACCAUCAAUCCACAGACCGGAGCGAUCACCACGACCAAAACGCUCGAUCGCGAGUUGGUGCCGUCGUACUUGCUGACAGUAACCGCACGAGAUGGCGGGGUGCCGCCGCUGUCGGAUACUACCGACGUGGAGAUCUCCGUUACGGAUGUGAACGACAAUGCGCCGGUCUUUGAGGCACCGCAGUACCAAGGUUCAAUUCCGGAGGAUGUUCUGGUGGGCACUAGCGUGCUGCGAGUUGCGGCCACUGAUGCGGAUACUGAUCUCAACGGCCGGGUAAGGUAUGCUCUGGAAGAUGAUGGCGACGGAGCUUUCGCAAUCGAUCCCACUACAGGCAUCGUCAGGACCGCAAAACCGUUGGACCGCGAGUCCGUGGCGCGUUACGCUCUGAAGGCGGUCGCUAUAGAUCGCGGGUCGCCUGCCCUUUCAUCCGUCGUGUCCGUCACCAUCAAAAUCGAGGACAUCAACGACUCGCCGCCCGCUUUCGAGAAUGACAAGAUAGUUCUGUACAUCGCCGAGAACUCUCCAAUCGGCUCGACCGUCGGCGAGAUUUAUGCCCAUGACCCGGACGAGGGCCCGAACGCGGUUGUGCAAUAUAGCAUUAUUGGUGGCGAAGAUUCUAACAGUUUCUCCCUUAAUAUCCGUCAGGGUGCGGACCGCGCGGAGUUGAUCACGCUUGAGGAGCUCGACUAUGAGUCGCCCAAAAAGAAAUUCGAAUUGGUGGUGCGCGCAGCAUCGCCACCGCUGCGUUCGGACGCGUUGGUGCAGAUUCUGGUAACUGACGUGAACGACAACGCGCCGGUGCUCAAGGACUUCCAGAUCGUCUUUAACAACUUCAAAGACUUCUUCCCAACUGCGCCAAUCGGACGAAUACCAGCAACCGACGCCGAUGUGACGGACAAUCUCGUAUACAGCAUUCUCGCCGGCAACAAUGCGAAUCUGAUCGAUCUUAACAGGACCACUGGUGAGAUUCGGCUUUCGCCGCAACUCAACACCAACGUGCCACGGGUAGCAACUAUGGAAGUUGCUGUGACAGACGGAAUCAAUGAGGCGAAGGCUACGAUGACGCUGUCCGUGCGUCUGAUCACCGACGAAAUGCUGCUGAACUCAAUUACCGUGAGACUGGACGACAUGACGGUGGAGGCUUUCCUCAGCCCUCUUCUGGGAUAUUUCCUAGACGGCCUGGCGGCGAUCAUCCCGUGCCCGCGCGAGAAUAUUUUCCUUUUCAGCAUUCAAGAGGAUGCCAAUGUACACGCCAAGAUCUUGAACGUGAGCUUCUCGGCGCGACGAGUUGAACCCGGCACGGUCGACGAGUUCUAUAGCCCGCAGUUCCUCCAGGAGCGCGUCUACUUAAAUCGAGGUAUCCUCGCAAGGCUUGCGACGGUCACCGUUCUGCCGUUCGACGACAAUCUCUGCGUCCGCGAGCCUUGCCUCAACUACGAAGAGUGCUUAACGGUGUUGAAGUUCGGCAACGCGUCUGGCUUCGCCAGCAGCGAUACCGUGCUCUUUCGACCGAUCUAUCCGGUAACCACAUUUGCGUGCAGGUGCGCGCGUGGCUUUACCGGCAGCCGUGAGGCUUACAUGUGCGACACUGAAGUGAACUUAUGUUACUCGAAUCCGUGCGUGAACGGUGGCACCUGUCACAGACGGGAAAGCGGCUACUCGUGCACUUGCCGACCAGGAUUUACCAGCGAGAACUGCGAAAUCUCGAUGGAACGCAGCGUCUGUCAGCCUGACGUGUGCAAGAGCGGCUCCCAAUGCACCAUGAAGAACACCGGCGGUUUCACCUGCGAGGGUUGCCCCGUAUCCGCACCAGAAAGCGUGACACCACUCUGUGAGCUGCGGGCGCGCAGUUUCGGCCCAGCGACUUUUCUGACUUUCGCUUCAUUACGGCAACGCCACCGGCUGCAUCUGAGGCUGAGGUUCGCCACAGAGCUGGCUGAUGGUCUGUUGCUCUAUAACGGCAGGUACAACGAGCGCCACGAUUUCGUCGCCCUGGAGAUCGUGGACUCGCGGGUACAAUUCAGUUUUUCCCUCGGCGAUGAGGUGACUAGGGCGACAGCGAGCAUCCCAGGAGGUGUUUCCGAUGGCCGUUGGCACGAGGUGGAGGUGUCAUAUAUCAACAGAACAGUAACGGUGUCUUUAGAUGACUGCGACGUCGCGCUUGCUCUUGAGCACGGAGACAGACUAGGACUGAAAUGGGCCUGCGCUGGUAGGAACGAAAGGAUACUCGAGGAACGCUGCGGUCUCGUCACCGAGACUUGUCAUAGGUUCUUAGACCUGACAGGACCGUUACAACUGGGUGGACUACCAGCGAUCCCGUCUAGUUUCCAAAUCCGGAAUAAGGACUACGUCGGUUGCAUCAGUGAUCUGUACAUCGAUCAUGUUUUUGUGGAUCUAAACUCUUACGUUGCCGACAAUGGAACCAAUGCCGGUUGUCCCGAGAAGAUCGCCUUCUGCGCCUCGUCUCCUUGCAGGAACAACGGCAAAUGUCGCGAAAUCUGGUCGGGUUUCGUAUGUGAGUGCGAGGACGAUUUUGCGGGACCCACGUGUACCGAAGAAGUCGGUAAGCCUUGGAGUUUCCAUGGUGACGGUAUGCUUAGCUUCAAUCCACUACUGAGGCCCAUUCAGCUACCUUGGCUAACCGCUCUGAGCUUGCGGACGUGGGCACGACAGGCAUUCGUCAUGAGCGUGCAGAUCGGCCAGAAUAGUUCAGCCCUGCUGGAGAUGCGUGACGGCAAACUCGUAGCCUCACUGGACGGCGUUGAUGUAAUUCGCACUGUCGGUACUAUUGCCGACGGCGAGUGGCAUCGAUUGGAGAUCAUCUGGCAGAGUGGUCAUGUAUCUUUGGACGUAGAUUAUCGCGAUCGCCCCAUCACCUUCCCAUUGCCCGCGAAACUGCAGGGUCUAUACGUUGGCAAGAUCCUCGUGGGCGGCCCGGACCAGGCUACUAAUUCCGAUCUGCCCUUCUUUGAUGGCUGUCUGCAAGAUGUACGAAUUGGUACCAAUCAGAGUGUACUUCAGCGACCAACCGUGCAAGAAAAUGUCGGUGCCGGCUGUCCAACCGAGUCCGAGUGCAACCUCGACUGUCCAGAAGCGUCAGAUUGCAUCACCCGGUGGCGGUCAAGCGAAUGCAAGUGUGCUCCUGGUCGCGUCGGUCGUAAUUGCGAACGCGUUUGCGAUCUGGAGCCGUGCAACGGCACUGGCACUUGUGUUGAGGACGCAGCGGAUGCGAGACGUGGCUACCGCUGCGAAUGCAAUUCACCAGAAUACUCAGGAGACUACUGUGAAGUGAAAGCUGAUCAGCCGUGCCCGGCAACUUGGUGGGGCACACCAGUCUGCGGGCCCUGUCAUUGCGAUGAAUCGAAGGGCUACGAUCCGGCCUGCAACAAAACCACCGGCGAGUGCUACUGCAAGGAGAAUCACUACCAGCCAACCGGACGCAAAGAAUGCAUACCAUGCGAGUGCUAUGCCACCGGGAGUUUCGGACCGCGCUGUGACAGCGAGACCGGUCAAUGCCGAUGUCGAACUGGUGUGAUUGGUCGAUCGUGUACUGACUGCCCGAAUCCUUACGCUGAAGUAACUUUGAGAGGCUGCGAGGUGGUUUAUGACGGUUGUCCCAGAUCGUACUCCGAUGGUCUAUGGUGGCCCAGGACACUUUUCGGUAUGACAGCCAUCGAAAACUGUCCUCAUCCUGCCGAGGGCAAGGCUUCGCGAUCGUGUGACGACAAAUUAGGCGGCUGGCAGCCACCUAAUCUCUUCAACUGCACCUCUGAAGCGUUCAUCGAUCAACGAUAUCAGCUAGCUGCACUAGAGGCUAAAGAGCUCACGUUAAAUACCUAUGUGGCUGUAAAAAUGGCGAAGGACGUUCACAAGGCGGUGAAUAUCACCAGGGAGAUGUAUGGCGCGGAUCUUCUUGUGGCGGAAUCCUUAUUAGUAGCAUUACUGCGUUACGAAGAGAGCUUGGUCGGCUUGAAUUUGACGCACAGCCAGGACAAGGACUAUGUUUCUCACUUGGUCGGCAUAGCUGGACGAAUUCUGAGAUCUAAAUUCAAAGGAAAAUGGGAUAAAAUAGAGGAACUUAAUGGAGACAAUCCUGAUAAGAUUCUGGACGCUAUGGCGAGCUAUUUGAAAACUCUAACGGCAUCUCAACAUGAUACAUUCACUAAUCCCUUUGAAGUAGUCGAUAAUAAUGUCGUGCUGGGUCUUGACGUCGUAACAUCGGAGAGCCUCUUCGGCUACGAGGCCACCGAGUACAAAGAGGAUCCCACCUUAUCAACGGCGAGGCCUUCGGAAGCUGAUCGAAAGGUCGUCAUACCCGACACUUCCGCUUUCUUCAGCUCUACGACACAUUUCGGCCCAUCCAUUAGCUUCCCGAAAUACAAUAACUACAUGGCUGAUCCCAGCAGAUUCGAUUCGCAUUCGAAAAUUCAGGUGCCACUCAGUACGUUAGGCAUCAAACCUCUCAUGCAAGGUGAACUGAACGUCAAGAACAGCCUGAAUAAUCAGAAAGCCGUGCUGAGUUACGUGCAAUACAAAGAACUCGGUGCUCUGUUACCGCAAAGAUUCGAUGAUUCGGUGGCAGUUAGAUGGGGCGUAGAAGUAGCGGUCGGUUCGCCCGUCAUUACUGUCUCCGUUUUGGUACCUUCGGACAACGGUUACGAGUCUUUGACAGGAAUACCUUUGCAGUCCCCGAUCCAAGUUAGACUUUGGCUCACUGAGAACGACGACUUCAAGACCAGAACGAACCCACAAUGCGUACACUGGAGCACCGCAAGAGGAGUCGGCGAAUGGAGUCGAAUGGGCUGCACUACGGAGAUCGAGGACAACUCCUUGUCGUUCGGCACCAUCGUCAACUGCUCGUGCAUGCAACUGUCCACUUUCGCCAUACUUACGGACGUUCUCGACCUGGAAUACGUGCCGGAACCAUCUUUGCUGGAGGACGUGACCAGCUACAGCGCAUUCAUGCUCGCCCUGCCAUUACUACUCGCCGCUCUCCUAAUUUUGGCGUUGAUUCGUGGCGGUGGCACCAAUUCCAACAGCAUCCACAAGAAUCUGGUGUUGUGCGUCCUCGUGGCGGAAACUCUGUAUCUGAUCGCGCUCAAAGCUAGAAAUCCCCUGAUCUCGAACGAGUUCCCGUGUAAGCUGACGGCGAUAGGACUGCAUUAUGCGUGGCUCAGCACCUUCGCCUGGACUCUCGUGGACUCCGUUCAUCUCUAUCGUAUGUUGACGGAGAUGAGGGACGUGAAUCACGGCCAGAUGAGAUUCUAUUACACCAUGGGCUACGGUCUACCGGCCGUCAUCGUAGGACUCACCAUCGGUGUCAGGGCCGAUCAAUACGGAAACUUUUACUUUUGCUGGCUGUCUAUUUACGAGACGGUGAUCUGGUCGCUGAUUGGGCCCGUCUGUGCUGCUGUAUUGAUAAACUUCUGCAUUCUCGGGAUGUGCAUCCGCGCGGCCUUUACCUUGAAAGAGCACAUCAUGGGUUUCGGCAACUUGCGAACGCUUCUGUGGUUGUCCGUGGCCUCGUUGCCCUUGCUGGGAUCAACGUGGACCUUGGCGGUUCUCAACGCGUCCGAGAACUCGUCAAUGCUGUCGUAUUUAUUGAGUGUUGCCAUCGUGGUCCAUGCGGCAUUCAGCCUGAUCGGCUACUGUUUCAUCAACGGCCGAGUGCGGAGGAACUUGUAUCAGAGCCUGUUAAGGUGCCUCGGCAAGAAGACACCAUUGCUGGAAGGUAGCACGGGCAACGGAAGCAGCAGCCAAAACGUAAAUAGUCAUUCACGCUCAGCGUUGGCUUACUCUUCAACCUACAGCGGAGCCGAGUCCGUGUGUAGAAGAGUUCACGUCGGUGUCUCCACAAGUAGCACAACCUCGAGAAGUACAAAUAAAACGGGUUCAAGCCCUUAUCGCAGCGACACGCACUUGAGACACACGUCGACGUCCACCAGCAACUAUAACAGCGAUCGAGAUCCAUAUCUGUCAUCCAGAAGCCACCGAACAACGCUACACCCUCGACCAGCAGAACCUACAGAGGCGAGAGGACAACGUAGAGAAUCGGAAUCGGACACGGAUGGUUCACAAGCCGAGGGUGGUGGCAGAAGUCUGGAUCUUGCAAGUUCACACAGCUCCGACGAGGAUGAUGUCACGUCGAGAUCUCACAGGAACAUGGGAGUAUCCACGCAGCAGCACGUAACUCACAGUUAUCUACCCAAUAUCCACACCAAUCCCGCCGAACACUUGAACAUACUUUGCUCGAAUACCGAGUUGUUUCCUAACAUCAAACCCAUCUAUGCGCCUCGAUGGAGCUCUCAGCUACCGGAAGCAUAUUUAUCAUCAAAUGUGAUGGACGCACGGGGCAGUCAGUGGUCCGGCGGCACCAUGUCAGACAACGAAAUGGCCUCGAACAAGACAUCCAGUCCGAAUCCACUACCGUAUCCGGAGAUGAGCUCGCCACAGAAGAGUCAGCUGGACGAGAACUACUCCGAAGGCGAAGAGAAGGUCCAUCACUUGGGCGAGAAGUACCUGUUCCCGUACACGGCUGAGGAAGACCAUACAGUGUCGCCCACCCCGUACAUGCUGUCCAUGUCGUCGCGCAUCCUAGCAUCCAGUAUGAGCCAUCACUCGCAGAACUCGAAUCACGAGAAUCUGAGUGGUUCCGAGCAGCGUUACGGUAGCUUGAAGCGCGGCCAGAGCAUACACGGUUCGCAGCAUGACAACCUUAGCGGCUCCGAGAGGUGUGGCAGCCUAAAGCGCGGCAAGAUGGGUACUCCGACAGUGCUGGAGGACACCCCCGAAUAUAUCCUGCCGAUGAGCGGCAGGAUACUGUCGAGCUCGUUGACUCAUGACUUGCAACACAGCAACGAGUUAGCGGCGCUCAGGCAGCAGCAGCAGCAACAACAGCAGCAGCAGCAGUAUGAGCAAACCAUCGCCGAGACUGACGAGGAGGAAGGAUACUAACGCGGAAACGUCCGUCUGACGAGGCCCGUGCCACAAAACGAGAGAGCAACGUACAAAGUAAUUUAGCUUACGUCUAGUUUAAGUGUCCAACGCGCAAUAAAGACUCGUACGAUCGUCGAUAUAUAUAUUUUAAAAAGCGGCCAUGACUGCGUACUUACAUACUUAGCCAUAUUAAUUAGCAUGUAUGUGUGAGUGCCUGUUCAUAUAUCGCAUAUGUACGGUCCGUCGGAGCGAUCCUGCGAAAUAAACGUCACGCUGAAGUAUCUUCCGACGAUCUAAUAGUGUAAACGACACGAUCGCUAAGAGAGUGAUAACUACUUAUUUAAUGGAUAUCAUUAAGAAUCGACGAUUAUCGCUUACAUCGUCGGAAAAUAUGGCGGUUACGUUUGUCCAGUAUCAUAAUUUAAGGAUUCAGUGCGCAUCAAAAAAAGAUAAAUAAUUUAUCAUAAAAUUAUCUUAUAAAUUUGUAUAUUUCUGAUUUGUAUAUUUUUAUAUCGUGAUUAGAGAAGUUUUAUUUUUCAGAUAUAACUCGCGGAUUCACGUUGCGCACUGAACCGUUCAAUUAUUCGACCCGACAUAAAAUACCUGCGCUUAUUGUUACUUUGACUCGGGAGCGUCGCGGCUCUGACUUGCGAAUCUCCGAUCUUCCGCGGUUGACUGUUGCCGCUAAUCGGCAACAGCGUCCGGAAGAGCACGGAGAACGAGAAUGAUCUCUGAUUCAUUAUCGCGUACUCAUCAGUCUCGUUUCAUCAUCGUAUCAUAAGUUUUCUCUCUCUCUCUCUAUCCUUAAGUUCAGUAUUGUGCAAUGUAUGCAUUCCACUGCGUCUUUCCUACUUGUGUAUGUAUAAUUUUAGGUUCCAUUUACGUUCAUUUACGUUCGCGGUUUUUUUUUAUAAAAUUUUACAAUCUCUCUCUUUAUUUUACAUGCCAUGAAGAAGAAAAAGAAGAAUAGGAAGAGCUAGCAUAAGUCGAAGCGUACAAUCGUGCGACGCGGUCUUUUCAUACUUUUGUAUAUAUAUCUCACACGAAGACAAAGAGAAAUAAGAAAUGUGCAUAAUUUAUAUACCCU